UUACAAUGCAACAGUGACUUCCCUUUAAUUCAUUAACGCCAUUUGUAUUUAAAAAAAGUUGAUUCCAUUAGAAAAGGAAGCAUGAAGAAACAGAAAGGGACAGUCAUUGAUGGAACUCCAAGAGACAAUGGCCCUAAAAUAAGAAAAUCAUGCACGCAAUUUAAACUCAAACAUGGGCAGAAAGCUUCAAGUGGUCCAAUUGUGAAUGAGAAAAAGUCCCCAGUGUUUUAUAAAUGCACUUAUGAAGGGUGUGAAAUAAAAUUCACUGAUAAAUCCAACAGGAAAAAACAUGUAGACAGUGUCCACUUAAAUAUUAGAAAUUUUCACUGUGAGUUUUGUGGACAUAGUUUCAAAAGAUCAAAUACCCUGAAGUGUCAUAUUGAAGCAUUACAUACGAAGGAUGUAGACAAGAAACAAUAUAAAUGUGACGUCUGUGAGAAAAUCUUCUUAAGAAAGAUUGGUCUGCGUCUUCAUCAAUCACUGCAUACCAACAUAAAAUCCUUUGUGUGCUCAUUUGAAGGGUGUGGAAAAGCAUUUAGACUCCAGACAACCUUGGCAAAGCAUGAAAAAAGACAUUUACUCCUUGACAAGAAACCAUAUCAAUGUCGAUUUUGUGAAGAGAAAUUCAGCAGGAAAACAUACCUGGAUAGCCAUAUGUAUAAACACACAGGUAUGAAGAAUUACAGAUGUGAAAUCUGUGAACGUACUUUCUCACAGAAAGGCAAUUUGGCCACACACAAGCUACUUCAUAGUCAGGAUCGCCCUGUUUACAAGUGUCCACAAUGUCCUCGAACAUUUACUUUCAAGUCUAACAUGAAGAAACAUCUUCAAAAACAUGAAAUAAAGGAGAAAUGUGUUAACACAAGAGGUUGUGAUAAAAGUGGUGAAAAUAUUACAAAUGAAGAAAUUUGCAUCAAAGAGGAAGUUAGUUCUCAGUCCGGGGCAAGUGAUAAUGAAAGUUGAAAAAACAGCAAAUGAACUUAUUUUGAACAUUCCUGGAAAGUUAUAUGUCAUUUUUUUCGUCAUAUUCACAUUUUGAUACUUUGUUAUAUAUACUAGUAUAUAUUUGAUAAAUUUAGAUAGAUGUGUUGUAUAAAUUGAAUUUCAAGAUCAGCACCACUCAAUUAAGUCGCAUGGUUGAGUGUUGGAAUGUGAAUCAUGUUACCAAGGUUCGAUUCCUAGAUGGUGCAGGUCACUUUUUUUCAUGUAAUUGACUUAGAAAUCCUUUCUACAGUUAUUCAUACUACACCUUUGUUCUGGUAAGUACAGAACUAUAAUCAUUUCCUUGUGAAAGUGAAGCCACCUAGUACUGGUAAACUGCUUGCCCCAGAACAAAUUGGUGGUCUGGAGGGUUAACUAAAAAACCACCACUGAGUACAUAGAUCUGUACAAUAGUCUAGAAAAAAGAACUUCAUGCAUUAUGAUUAGACAGAAUGUAGUGUUUAUCAGACCAUAUGAGCCACGUCACGACAAAACCAACAUAGUGCGUUUGCGACCAGCCUGCACAUCCGCGCAGUCUGAUCAGGAUCCAUGCUGUUCGCUAUCAACUUUUAGCUCACCUGUCACAAAGUGACAGGGUGAGCUUUUGUGAUCGCUUUUCGUCCGGCGUCCAUCUGUCCGUAAACUUAUACUUUAAAUGACAUCUCCUCAAAACCACUAAGCCAAUUUCAUCCAAACUUCACAGGAAUGUUCCAUUGGUGGUCACUUUUAAAAAUUGUUCAAAGAAUUUAAUUCCAUGCAGAACUCUCACAGGUUGUCAUGGCAACCGAAAGAAAAAACUUUAAAUAUCUUCUUUUAAAAAACCCUAAGAGCUAGAGCUUAGAUAUUUGGCAUGAAACAUCUUCUAGUGAGUGUCUACCAAGUUUGUUCAAAUAAAAGCCCUGGGGUCAAAAUUGGCCCCGCCCCAGGGGGUCAUUGAUUUUCCCUAUAUGCAUAUAGUAAAAACUUAAAAAAUCUUCCUUUAAAGAACCCAAAGAGCUACAGCUAAGAUAUUAACAUGUAACAUCUUCUAAUGAGUGUCUACCAAGUUUGUUCAAAUAAAAGCCCUGGGGUCAAAAUUGGCCCGGCCCAGGGGGUCAUUGAUUUUCCCUGUAUGCAUAUAGUAAAAACUUAAAAAAUCUUCUUUUUUAAAAAACUCAAAGAGCUAGAGCUAAGAUAUUUAGCAUGAAACAUGUUCUAAUGGGUGUCUACCAAGUUUGAUCAAAUAAAAACCCUUGGGUCAAAAUUGGCCCCACCCCGGGGGUCAUUGAUUUUCCUGAUAUGUGUAUAGCAAAAACUUAAAAAUCUUCUUUGAAAAAACCCAAAUAGCUAGACAUGAAACAUCUUUUAGUGAGUGUCUACAAAGUUUCUUCAAAUAAAAGCCCUGGGGUCAAAAUUGGCCCCGCCUCGGGGGUCAUUGAUUUUCCUUAUAUGUGUAUAGUAAAAACUUAAAAAAUCUUCUUUUAAAAAACCCCAAUGAGCUAGAGCUUAGAUGUUUAGCAUGAAACAUCUUCUUAUGGGUGUCUACCAAGUUUGUUCAAAUAAAAGCCCUUGGGUAAAAAUUGGCCCUGCCGGGGGGGAGGGAGGUAGAUCAUUGUUUUUCAUUAUAUGUGUGAAGUAAAAACUUAACAUCGUGAAACAUCUUCUAAUGGGUGUCUUCCAAGUUUGUUCAAAUAAAAGCCCUGGGGUUUAAACUGGCCCCGCUCCGGGGGCCUAUAUACAGGUGAGCGACCUCAGGGCCAUCAUGGCCCUCUUGUUCUACUUGUAAUAGAGUUGGUAAGCAAACAGAAUGGAUCGUGAUCAGACUGCGCCAAGGUCUGGAUCCAUGAUGGUUGUAAACACACUAUGUUGGUUUUGUUUUUAUGUUGCUCAUAUGAUGUAUCAUUAUCUCUGUUAUAAGUAUUCUAGGUCCACCACAUGUAUUACAGCAAAUUGUGACUUGAAAAAUGGUAUCUAUUUAGUUUAUAAAGAAUUUAUUAUAGUUUGAUUAUGUAGAAGUUUAAGCUUAAAGACACACUUUUUGUCUUUUUUCUCAUGUUUAAGGCCACUUUUUUAAUGCAUUCUUUUAACAUAAUACAUUUAUACAUUGUAUUUUGAUUAAAAAUCAUGACAUACUUUGAAAAAUUUUAAUGACUUUACAGACAUAUGUUGUUAUACUAAAGGCACAUAAUUCCUCAGAAACGGCGAGUAAAUUUUUUAUCUCUUUAGAAUGGGUAAAUACAUGUAUGAAUUUCAUAAUGUUUAAAAACAAAGUUGUUUAUGCUCAUUAAUUCAAUACUUAAUUGACAUUGGAUGGACCUUAAUGAGUACUACCUGCCGCUCUCAUUUUUGGUCAAAGGUCAAGGUCAGCGAUACCUGUAAUAGCAACUAUCAGUGCUUUUCACUUCAAACUUAGUAUACUUGUCCAUUAUCAAAAUGUUACAAUUCACAAGAGCAGAUAAUACUAAAAAAGUGUUUUGCAAAGUUAUGAUCCUUUUUGACAUACUUUUUGCCCUUGUUAAUCUUUUUGUAAAGUUUCUAUCUCAAAAACUGUUAAAGGUAAUCAUUUUAAACUCGGAUACUACUUCAUUUCCCAAAUUGGAAUAUAUAUACAUGUGUAUAUAUAUAAAGGGCAGGUAAAUCUGAAAGUACUUUUUGCUUAAUUACCUCCCUUUUUACAUUUCUUUGUGUCACAGAUAUUCACAUCAGACUUGAAUGACUUCUUUGCUACAAGGAUAGGUAAUUCGUCUAAGCAGUGUUACAGAAUUAUACCUUCUUUUUACUUUGAUUUUAACUGCUCUGUACUGCUCUUGUUUUACCAAUGUGUUUGUAGAUAUACUUUGUGGGAUUUCUUAAAUUUUAUUUUACUCUAAGGCACUAAUAUUUCUUGUAUCAAUUUGUUUUUAAGUAUAAAUUUCAAUGUAUCUUAUGUACUUUUAUUGCAUUUUUAUAUAAAGAUAUUUUACUCAAA